CGCCGCUGCGGAAUCCGGAGAUCCUGAUCGGCGAGAACGACCUGACCAGCCUGUCGUACCUGCACGAGCCGGCUGUGCUCUACAACCUGCGCGUGCGCUUCUGCGACCACGGCGCCAUCUACACCUACUGCGGCAUCGUGCUGGUGGCGAUCAACCCGUACGAGGAGCUGCCGAUCUACGGCCCAGAGACGAUAUGGACGUAUCGCGGCAAGGCCAUGGGUGACCUCGACCCGCACAUAUUCGCCGUCGCCGAGGAGGCCUACACCAAGAUGGAGAGGGUGAACACGAACCAGGCCAUCAUCGUGUCCGGAGAGUCGGGCGCCGGCAAGACGGUGUCGGCCAAGUACGCCAUGCGCUACUUCGCCACCGUGGGCGGGUCGGCCGUCGAAGAGACCCAGAUCGAGCGCAAGGUGCUGGCCAGCAACCCCGUCAUGGAGGCGAUCGGCAACGCCAAGACCAUCCGCAACGACAACAGCUCCCGCUUCGGCAAGUUCAUCGAGAUUGACUUCAACAAGAACUUCAACAUCCUAGCGGCCAACAUGCGAACGUACUUGCUGGAGAAGUCGCGGGUUGUGUUCCAGGCGCAAGACGAGCGCAAUUACCACGUCUUCUACCAGCUGUGCGCAGUGUCGGGCCGCGAGGAGUUCCAGGAGUUGGAGCUCGGUCACCAGGAUGGCUUCUUCUACCUGAACCAGGGCGAGUCGCCCACCAUCAGCGGCGUAGACGACGCGCAGUGUUUUGAGCAGACGCGUGAGGCCCUGACGCUGCUGGCGCUGGACCGGCGGACGCAGACGGCCCUCUUCCGCACGCUGGCCGCCAUCCUCCACCUGGGCAACGUCGAGUUCCGCGAGGAGAUGAGCGGGGGCGAGGAGGCCUGCAGGGUCUCGAAGGGUGACAAGAGCCUUCCGGUCGUGGCGCGUCUUCUGAACGUGGACCACGAACAGAUCCGGCACUGGCUCUGCAAGCGCAAAAUCGUGUCCAUGCGGGAGACCUUUACGAAGAGCAUGAACCUCAAGGAGGCCACCUCGUCGCGCGACGCGCUGGCCAAGCACAUCUACGCUCAGGUGUUCGCCUGCAUUGUGGCGCGCAUCAACCAGUGUCUGGAGACCACCGAGAAGGUGUACCGGUUCAUCGGGGUGCUCGACAUCUACGGCUUCGAGACAUUCGAAACCAACAGCUUCGAGCAGUUCUGCAUCAACUACGCCAACGAGAAGCUACAGCAGCAGUUUAACCAGCACGUGUUCAAACUGGAGCAGGAGGAGUACGUUAAAGAGCAGAUCGAGUGGACCUUUAUCGACUUUUACGACAACCAGCCGUGUAUCGACCUGAUCGAGACCCGGCUGGGCGUCCUGGACCUGCUGGACGAGGAGUGCAGGAUGCCGAAGGGUUCUGACCAGUCGUGGGUGGAGAAGUUGUACAGCAAGUGCGCCAAGUCGGGCCACUUCGAGAAGCCGCGGCUCUCCAACUCGGCGUAUGUGAUCGCCCACUUCGCCGACAAGGUGCAGUACGAGUCGGCCGGGUUCCUGGAGAAGAACCGCGACACCGUGCUGGAGGAGCAGAUCAGCGUGCUACGGGCCAGCCUGGAUUCGGUUGUAUCGGCGCUUUUCGCUGCUGAAAAGCCGACCGGCAAGACGUCGGCCAAGGCGCCGGCCGUCAAGGCUGGAGCUCAGAACAAGAAAACGGUCGGCUCCCAGUUCCGGGAUUCUCUCAGUAUGCUGAUGACCACGCUGAAUUCGACCACCCCGCACUACGUGCGCUGCAUCAAGCCCAACGACCAGAAGGAGGCGUUCGGCUUCGAGCCGCACCGAGCCGUGCAGCAGCUGCGCGCGUGCGGCGUGCUGGAGACUAUCCGCAUCAGCGCCGCCGGCUACCCCUCCAGGUGGUUGUAUCAGGAGUUCUUCUAUCGGUAUCGCGUGCUUUGCACCACCAAGGACAUCAAGCGGAAUGACAUGAGGGCGACCUGCGAAAACAUCCUCUCCAAUCUCAUCAAGGACGAGGACAAGUUCAAGUUCGGUCGCACCAAGAUCUUCUUCCGCGCCGGCCAGGUGGCCUACAUGGAGAAGCUGCGCGGCGACCGGCUGCGCGCCUGUGGCAUCAUGAUCCAGAAGCACGUGCGCGGCUGGCUGCUGCGCAAGCGCUACCGCACGGUGCGCGGCGCCACGUGCACGUUGCAGCGCUGGGUGCGCGGCUUCCUGGCGCGCAGGCGGACCCGACACAUGCGACGCACGCGCGCGGCCGUGCUGCUGCAGAGCCAGACGCGCGGUUUGCUGGCGCGCCGCCGCCACCAGCGGCUGCGCCGGCUGGCUGUGGGCCUGCAGGCGCGCGCCCGCGGCCUCUGGGCCCGGCAGCGGUACCAGCAGAUGCGCAGAGAGCGGGCGGCCAUCACGAUCCAGCGCCAUGCGCGUGGCCUGCUGGCGCGCCGCCGGUACGCCCACUCGCUGCGCGGUCUGGUGCUGCUGCAGUCGUGCGUGCGCAGGAUGGUCGCCCGCCGCCAGCUGAAGGCGCUCAAGAUCGAGGCGCGCUCCAUCGAUCACCAAAAGAAGCUCAACAAGGGCCUGGAAAACAAGAUCAUCUCGCUGCAGCAGCGCAUCACCGAGCUGUCGGGGGAACACUCGAGCCUGAAGCAGCGCCAGCGCGAGUACGACCAGCUGGCGGCCGAGCAUAAGAAGCUGAAGACCGAGUCGGUCGAGCUGCGCCGGCAGGCGGGCCGCCUGGCUGAGCUGGAGGCCGAGCUGGAGCAGCUCCGGCAGCAGCUGGAGCAGGAGCGCUGUGACAAGGUGGACUUGGUGAACGAGAAGGAUCGGAUUGAGCGCGAGGGUCAGGAUCGCAUUCAGCGGCUGAACGAGGAGAACGAGAAACUGCGGCAGCAGAUUCUGCAAAACGAACAGGAGAAGCAGGCAAAAGAGAAGGAGUCGAAAGAGCUGCUGAAGACAAAGGUGGACUUGGAGAAGAGCGUGCUGAACGCCGAGCAUGAUCAGGAGCGCAUCGCGUACCAGCGACUCGUGCAGGAGAACGCCCGGCUCGAGCAGCGCAACGAGACGUUGGAGCGUGAUCUGCAGCGCGCCCGCGGCGGCAAGACGCACCAGAGGUCGUCGAGCAACGUGAGCGGUGCGAGCGAGGCGACCACGGAGGCAGCCCGGGACGACGCUUCCGACCUGCCCAGCAUCACCUCCGACCUGCACGACGAGCUCAGCGACGUCGGCUACGGUUCGGUGCGGUCCCGCAGCAGCGAGCAGCCCGAGCGCAAGCUGGAGGCCAUCGACUGGAGCAAGCACAACGGCAACCCGGACCUGGAGCGCACCAUUGUGGUGCCGGAGCGCAAGGCCUCGCCGGACGUCAACCUGGUGCUGAAGCUGCAGCAGAAGCUGAAGGAGGUGGAGACGGAGCGCGAGCGGCUGGCCAAGCGACUGGAGCGUCUGGAGCAGGCCACGCCCGACAGCGAGAACAAGCAGGCGCAUGACCAGAUCCGGCUGCAGGAUCUGGAGAUGGAGAACGCCAAGCAGAAGGCCGACCUGCAGAAGCUGCGCCAGAGCAUAGCCUCGGGCAGCGGCGAUGACCCCGGCAACGAUCUGAUGCUGCAGUUCCACGCCAUCCAGGACGAAGUGGAGCGGCGGCGCGAGGAGUGCAUCCAGCUGCGGACCGUGAUCGCCAACAACGCCAGCCUCCCGCUGCGCCGGAUGGAGGACCGCGACACGAGCGAGGAGGGCGAGGUGCUCAUGGCCUUCGAGACGCAGAAGCAGAUCAACAGGCAGCUGGCGGAGGAGCUGCACCUGGAGAAGGAGGAGCGCGUGCGCCUGCUGCAGAUGGAGGCCGAGUACCGCGAGGAGCUCAGUCAUCUGAAGGCCGACAACGACCGCCAGCAGCGACUCAUCAGCCAGAACCUGGGCCAGGCGCAGCCCGGCCAGAACGAAGCCAUCAUGCUGCACGAGAUCACGCGGCUCACCUCCGAGAACCUGGACCUGCGGGAGAAGAUUGAUAAUCUUGCGGAGCAGGUCAAGAAGUACAAGAAGCAGCUGAAGCUGUAUGCCAAAAAGCUCAAGGACAUGGGAGCCAGCCAACAUAAGAGACAGUCUGGAUAUUACGGCGCCGAGCCCGGUGCUGAGCUGCUGGAGGGGCCGCAGCAGGAGGGCCCCGCCAUGCCCGUCAUCCGGCACAAGAGCGUCGACUACGUCGGCAUGUUCGAGUACAAGAAGGAGGACGAGGAGGCCCUCAUCCGCAGUCUCAUCUUCGACCUGCGACCGAAGACGGCGGCCGUCCUGCUGCCCGGCCUGCCCGCCUACAUCUUGUUCAUGUGCAUUCGACACACGGACCAUGUCAACGACGACGAGAAGGUGCGCCGCCUGCUGACGGCCGCCAUCAACGGCGUCAAGCGCGUGGUGAAGAAGCGACGCGACGACGCCGACUCGCUCGUCAUGUGGCUGGCCAACGUGUGCCGCCUGCUGCACAACCUCAAACAGUACAGCGGCGACGUGGCGUUCCAGUCGGAGAACACUGAGAAGCAGAACGAGCAGUGUCUGAAGAGCUUCGACCUGUCCGAGUACCGCCAGGUGCUCUCCGACGUCGCAAUGUGGAUAUACCAGCUGGUGAUCAAGCUGCUGGAGGAGCGCGUGCAGCCGGUGGUGGUGCCGGCCGUGCUGGAGCACGAGGCCAUCGCCGGCCUGACGGGUCGGCCGGCCGGUAUCCGCGGUCGUGCCGGCUCCUCGUCCCGCCAGCUGGAGAGCCCCGUCAGCAGCGAGCACGCCCUGGACGCCCUGAUGGCCAGCCUGCGCAAGAUCUACCGCACGCUCUGCGAGCUCGGCGUCGACCCGGAGAUCACGGCGCAGGUCUUCAAACAGCUGUUCUACUCGAUAUGCGCGCACUCGCUGAACAACCUGCUGCUGCGCAAGGAGCUGUGCCACUGGACCAAGGGCAUGCAGAUCCGCUACAACCUCUCGCACCUGGAGCAGUGGUGCAGGGACAACCGGCUCCACGACCAGGAGACGGGCGUCAUGGACACGCUGCAGCCCAUCAUUCAGGCGUCGCAGCUGCUGCAGGCGCGCAAAACCGAGGAGGACGUGUCGCGUGUUUGCGACAUGUGCGACAAGCUCACCUCUCCCCAGAUCAUCAAGAUCCUGAACCUGUACACGCCGGACGAAUACGAGGAGCGCGUACCGAUCAGCUUCAUUCGCAAGGUUCAGGACCAUCUGCAGAAGCACCGCGAGCCGGACACGGACAGCUCGGCGCGGCUGCUGAUGGACACCAAGUUCGCCUUCCCCGUGCGGUUCCCGUUCAACCCCUCCAACAUCCGGCUAGAGGACAUCGAGAUCCCGGACAUCCUCAACUUGCCCAUGCUGAAGAAGUUGUGAGCCGCUUACUGCGCCUACUGCGGUGGAGUCGGCUCCGGGACGGCGCCGACCGAGAGAUGGCGCCGUCGGCCCGCCGCCGCCGCCCGGGCGGAGGGCACUGCGCCACGCACGAGCGCGACGGGCGGUCACCACGCC